UCCUGAUCCGUUAGGAGUCGACAGAGCUGUUACACACAAUCGGGGGAAUUUCGCGGAGAGGAGAAUUUAUCAAGGAUAAACGACAUAUUGGACCACAUUCGGUUUGGAGCAAGCGAACAGGUCAGCGGAAUAAAACUCUGUGCGACAGUGUAAAACCAUAUUGCGAAUAAUACUCCAUUUUGGAAAAAAGUAACUUUAAUUUCACGUUUGAGAGAGGAAGGCUGAACAAUGGGACGAAAAGGAAAAAAGAAGGGAGGGGGAGGAGGAGAGGGCGAUGGGGGGCCAUCCCAGCAGCCCCAGGGCCAACAGCAGCAGCAGCAGGGGCGUCCGCAGACGGUCCCUGAAGGGGCUCCACGUCCUCAGGAGCAGGCAGUUCGUUCUCAGACAGCUCCUGGUCAAUCUGCUGGACAGAGACCUCCACCGGGUCCACCACCAGUGGCAGCUGGCGCUGCAGCUUCACUUCAGGGGGCAUGGGGGCAGCGUCAAGCCCAACAGCCUGCUGGAGAUCAGGGGGUUGCACAGGCGACUGAACAGAUGGGAGGGAUGCAUAUUGAACAGCGGGGGCAGGGACAGCAGAUGGGAAGGGGUCGAAGUGCGGGACGUGAUCAGGAUGGUCAGAGGGGUGGAGGACGAGGGGGAAGUGCUGCGCGUGGAAUUGGCAGGGGGCAGGGUCCUGGGAGGCAGGAGCAAUAUCAAAGACCUCCGCAGGAGCAACAGCGCCAGGAGCAACACCAACCACAACCCCAACAGCAACAGCCUCAGGGUCAGUGGAAAUCACCUCAACAGCAACAGCAGCCACCACAGGGUCAACCCUCACCCCAGCACCAACAGCCUCCAUCGAGACAACCAUCUCAGACUUCAUCCCCAGCAUCAUCAAAGGGCCCCUCCCGUGCCCCCUCGACCGCAGGUGACGGCGACACCGCCUCAGUGAAAUCCGACGCAAGCAGCGGAACGCGCAAAGCCCUACCGAAGCCAGAGGGUCUUGACACAAAGACCCUAGACAUUCGCAUAAAGAACCUGCGCCUCACCGAGAUCCCCCGUCGCAAGAACCCCCUGAAAGCGGGCACCCAAGGGCGCCCCAUCAAAGUCGAAACAAACAUGCUCUCCAUAAUCUUCAAGAAGAACUUGAAAAUCCCAGUUACCCACUACGACGUCAAGUUCGACCCGGACCGUCCGAAAUUCCUGAAGAAAUUGGCCUUCGCAAAGCUCAGAUCCCAGAAUUUCCCCAGGAACUACCCAGCCUUCGACGGUCGCGUGAAUGCUUACGCAGCAGGGGACCUGCCCUUCGGAAAUCAUCUGACAGCCACAGUGAAAGUGUUCGACGAAGAGCGCCAGCAGGAGAGAGAGGUGACGGUGACCAUGAACAAAGCAAAUUCCAUCGACAUCUCGUGGCUCCACAAUGUCAAGCCAGGGCUAGCAGAGUCUGAUCGCGAUCAAACGACAAUGCAGGUGAUCGACGUGAUCAUGCGUUCUGCAUCAUUCGAUCGCUCCAUCCAGACUGGCCGCUCCUUCUUCAAUCAGCCACGAAACCCAGUGGACCUGGGGGGAGGCAUGGAGCUCUGGAGUGGACUUUUCCAAUCAGCAGUCCUCGGGUGGAAACCCUACUUCAACGCAGACGUUGCAUUCAAGGCGUUCCCCAAGCCCCAGAGUGUUCUGGAGACGAUGAAGGAGUUGUGCUCAACCUUCAGGGAGCCCUGUCGUCAGUUAACUGCACAGGUCGUCGAGUAUAAUCGCGCGAAGAUCGAGGGUUACUUCAGGACCCUUAAGGUGAUCUAUCAGCUACCAGGGCAACCCACGACCAAACGAACUGUUGGGGUCAAUGGACUGGGCAGAUCAGCACGAGAGACGACUUUUCCACUGGACAAUGGAACAACAACAACGGUUCUAGCUUAUUUCCAGGGAGCUAAGAGAUACAAUAUACAGUAUCCAGAUUUACCAUGUCUGUGGGUUGGCCCAAGGAAUAAACAUAAUAUGGUACCAGCUGAAUUGUGCACUGUAGCUCCAGGCCUCGUCACCACCAAGAAACUCGAUGAGAAUCAGACGAGGUCCAUGAUUCGGGAGACAGCCAAGGACACGAAGACCAGAAAAGCCAGGAUCAAGGAGGCUUUCCAGUCAAUGGGGUUCAACGAGCACCCAACUAUGCAGGAAUUUGGCAUUUCUAUUAAUCCACAAUUCGAGACUGUUGAUGCACGUGUCCUGAAUCCUCCCACUCUGAUGGACCAGCAGGAGAUUAGACCUGCGAAGGGUGUGUGGAGGGCCAAUAAAUUCAGAACACCUCUGGGGCUGGAGGACAAGAGCUGGAGUAUUCUUAAUUUGAGCAGAGCUAGGGAUGAUGCAUUGUACGCUUUUGUCGACGAGUUGAGGAAGCAGGCAGGGAGGAAUGGAAUGAAUAUUGGAGCUCCUGUGACUCCAUUCAAGACGAUGAGACCACCAGGCAGAGACAUUCGUGAACUCCAGAAUUACCUCCAGGAUCAUAAAAAAGGAAAGCUCAAGUUGCUUUUUGUGGUGAUCCCUGGACAGGGGCAGGAUGUUUAUCCCAAGGUUAAACAAGUGGCUGAACUCACUGUUGGGUGUCUCACACAGUGCAUUAAAGACAGCACUCUGAAUAAAUUUAACUCGAUGACUGCUGGGAACAUUCUGCUGAAAGUCAACUCCAAACUCAAUGGGGUCAAUCACACGUUCCAACCCAACUCCAAACCUGAUUGCCUCAAGGUGCCCUGCAUUCUUUUUGGGGGUGAUGUGACACAUCCCUCUCCGGAUGCCACUGACAUACCAUCCAUUGCUGCUGUGGCUGCCAGCCACGAUCCAACUGCAUUCAGGUAUAAUGUUGUGAUCCAGCUGCAGCCACCGAGACAGGAGAUCAUCCUGCAUCUGGAGGAGAUAGUUUACAGGCAGAUCAGGAUCUUCGAGGAGAAGAAUAAGUGUCUGCCUCAGAAGAUUAUAUUUUACAGGGAUGGCGUGAGUGAGGGACAGUUCCCUCAGGUCAUGCAUUGGGAGCUGCAGGCGAUGCGCAAUGCCUGCAAGAAACUUGGACCAACUUAUCAACCAAAGAUCACGUUCUUGGUUGUCCAGAAGCGUCAUCACAUCAGGUUUUUCCCCACUGAUUCGAGGAACUCUGACGACAGGAAUGGGAAUGUUCAAGCUGGUACUGUUGUGGAUACUAAUAUUACGCAUCCAUCGCAUAUCGAUUUCUAUCUGGUUUCUCAUGCCAGUAUUCAGGGAACUGCAAGACCAACGAAGUAUCGUUGCCUGUGGGACGACAAUGACAUGUCAGAGGAUCAAAUCGAACAGUUGACUUAUUAUCUUUGUCACAUGUUCUCUCGCUGCACUCGCUCAGUGAGUUACCCAGCUCCCACUUAUUACGCUCAUCUGGCUGCUUUUCGAGCUAGGAAUCUCACCUACGGGGUCAACAUUAACCUCGAAAAUUUGGAGCACGAGCAGAGGAAUCGACUCACGAUUAAGGAUGAGCUUAUCAGCAACAAUCCCAUGUUCUUUGUCUAAAGAAAUGGCAUUUUUAUUCUCUCGUCCAUUUCAGUAGCGAAGUGGACUCAUUUCCCAGUUGAGUUUUUGAGAAAAAUUUCCGAAUCUAACGGAGAUAGCG